AUGAGGAUCAUGUGGAAAUUCAUUAUAGUGAUGUUGUGUUUUAUAGCUUUGGUGGGAUCAAGAGGAACAUCGGCAACGUCAAGGCUGAGAAUGAAGAAGGAAGAUAUAGGUAGAAGGUUUGCUUUGCAGAAUAAGCUCCAACGAGGUCCAGUUCCUCCUUCACAGCCUUCUCCAUGUCACAACAAACUAAACCCUCUUUCUCAUUCACAAGUUUAUUCUUCCCACACUUAUGUUACUUGCCCUUGAAGCUUGAUCAACCACAUUCUUUUAUUUAUUGUCUCUCUUCUCAUACAUAUAUGUAUCCACGAUUCGACUCCUCCAAACUCGAAAGAGUCGAAAUUGUAAUACCUUUUGGACAUAAAUUAUACAACUCUU